UCUCCAUCCGUCAACAUUAGCCAUCAACUUUACAGAGAGUGAUAUGCGAAGAUAAUGAACUUAAUUCGUUUGCUUCCUCGCAGCACACGCCGUUUGAUUGAGUGCCACCUUUAAAUUGGAGUUAAAAGACGUCCGAGUUGAGUGAUUUCUGGAAGCCAAGACCGGGGGAAUUAAAUAGUUUCUUAAUUUCGUUGCAUGCGUUUAUGUCUUAAGAGUGCGCACGGACUUCAACAGCCUAUUGUGGAUAUUGUCAAUAACCUGGAUUGUGUCCCUCGAGACUGAAAAAAGCGAGGGGGAAAGAAAAGCGGAAUAAAAUACUGAAGCUAUACGCCGAGUGCGUUCCCCGAUACAGCCGUAGGGGGAACCGAACCUUUCCUUGAAAAACCCGGGUGAACCCCUGUUCAGCCUCUAGCAUGAUGUCAUACCUCAAGCAAGCCCCGUACGGCAUGAAUGGCCUGGGGCUCGGGGGUUCCAUGGAUCUCCUGCAUCCGUCUGUGUACCCGGCCCAUCCGCGGAAACAGCGGCGGGAGAGAACUACUUUUACGCGCACGCAACUGGACAUUUUGGAGUCUCUCUUUUCCAAAACGCGUUACCCAGACAUCUUCAUGAGGGAGGAGGUGGCGCUGAAAAUUAAUUUACCGGAGUCACGAGUACAGGUGUGGUUCAAAAACCGGAGGGCCAAGUGUCGCCAGCAGCAGCAGACUGGAACCAACUCCAAGAUCCGGCCGGCCAAGAAGAAGCCCUCACCGUCCAGGGAGAGCCCGGGCUCAGAGAGCAGCGGUCAGUUCACCCCUCCGGCCGUCUCCAGCGCCGGCUCCUCUUCCUCCUCCUCCUCCUCUUCCUCUGGCUCUCACCCGUCUGGCCUGGGCGGCGUGGGUUUGGGCGGUGGCGGCGGCGUGUCCUCAGUGACCUCAGGUGCCACCCCGGUGUCGGCCAUCUGGAGCCCGGCGCCCAUCUCGCCGCUCCCUGCGCCACCCUCCGUGCCGGACGCCGCGCCACCGACCAGCGCGUCCUGCAUGCAGCGGCCUGUGUCCAGCUCGGGCUCCUCUAGCGGAGGGGGGACCCCUGCCUACCCGGUGUCCUACAGCCAGACCCCCGCCUACAGCCAGGGCUACUCUGCUGCGGCGGCCGCUGCUGCCGCCUCUGGGUCCUACUUUGGGGGCAUGGACCCCAGCUCAUACCUGGCCCCCAUGCACUCCCACCACCACCCACACACGGCUCACCACCCCCACCACGCCAGCACGCACCCCCAGUUGGGCUCUAUGUCCAGCUCCGGCAUGUCCAGCCACCAUCCGCACCACCACAUAGGGCAGAGCACCAGCCACCCCCACCACGCGCAUCACGCGCACCACGCGCAUCACCAUCAGGGCUAUGGCGCCAGCGGCCUCGGAUUCGGCUCCACAGACUGUUUGGACUAUAAGGAGCAGACGACAACGGCCGCUGCCGCCGCCGCUGCCGCGGCCGCCGCGUCCUCAUGGAAACUGAACUUCAGCGCGCCCGCGGACUGCUUGGACUACAAGGACCAAGCCGCGUGGAGAUUUCAGGUGCUGUGAGGAGAUGUGGAGGACUUGCGGAACGUCGACGGGACAGAACGUCGUUUGUUAUGAGUGACAGAGAGAGAGAGAGAGAGAGAGAGAGAGAGGAGAGGGAAGAAGAGGACGACGACGAAGGAGUAGAAGAAAUACAAGGAGAAAACUGUUUAUGGUGUUCGUUCACUAAAGUAUUAUGCUAGAAAGAAGUAACCCGUAUCCGGAUCGCACCGCUCUCUUUCCCUCUUUAUUUUAUUUUCAAAUCGGAAACUUUAAAUAACAAAAUGUGAAAAAAGUUUAAUUCAUUCUUCAAACGGCCAGUUCCUGUAAGACACAAAGACCCCGAAAUAUCCUUAAAAUACAGGCUACAGGCAAAACAUUUCAAUGGAUUAUUUCGAACGGAGGCCAAUGAAUGAAAACCAACACGGAAUAUACCAGUAACCUAUCAGUAAAUUCAAACACUUUUUAAAGGAAACGAAGAAAAAAAUCGAAUAUUAUGUGUUUCUCCGUCCUCCGUGUUUAUGUGACUCAUCAAUUAGACGAGGAGUUUUCUUGCCCAUGGCCAUUUUUAAUCUCUUAAAUCAAUAACUCAAGAUGCUGCAGGUGUUCGUAUGUAGGCCUUGUGUAAUGAAAUUUAAGUUAUGUCAGCUUCCACUUAAAAAGAACUCCGAACAUCCAACCCGAUGUGGUAACUGUUUUCAUUCCUGGGACUAAGUUUAAAAAAAUCGCAGCACUUGAGGUUCUUGUCAAUGAAGUGAAUGGUUCCGUCUUCUGUCUGCGAGAGGAUAAUGUGAAUAUGAGAUGCAAUGAGAUCUACCCUGUAAAAUGUUUAAGUGUUUGAGGCGGACGCCUUGGCAUUCAUAUUUGUUUUGUUUUUUUGUUUUUUAAUAAAAUAUGGUGAAAGUUGU